GAACUUUUCCGCCGAGCCGGCGUCUUCAUUCGGGACUUCCUGUUGAUCUUUUAAAACUUCCCGUGCUUCGAUGUCCAGAAAUACUGUAACUACAUAAAUACUACAUACGUGCGUCGAGUUGGCAUGAACUACAUAAACAUUAAUGACUUCGUAUCAUCUGUUUACCGAUUCUAUCGAUGGUUGAGACGUCCUUACACAAACAGGCACCACAAGCAACGUUUCAAAUGAGUGCAGAGGCAUAAAAUGCGCUCUGUUAAAAGGCCGACUCCGCGCCGCGGGCUCUAAUUUUAACACUGCUAUGUGUGGGCAGUGUCUCGAAACAUUACUUGAUUCGCCAGGCAAGUUAUUAGAAGCAGGUGCAUUUGACAUCUUAAGCGUGACUGCAACUUGAUUUGCUUAAAAUGGAGAUAAUGUAGUACACAAUUGGACGUUUUUAUCACCGGUAUUGAUCUUUCUCAGACAUUUUUAAGCCCACUCUCGCUCAAUGCACGAGAGCAGGCCCAAGUUGUUUGUCGUCAAACACAGAUGUGCACGAGAUAAACAACUGAAGGCUUUCAGAAACUCUUCGCGAUAUGAUUGAGUGAGUGAAGAGGUUUACCAUGAAGACUGAAGAGUUGAAGUUAAAAGCAUCCUUUACCAAAGAUAUUUCUGCUAAUUCAGGGACACCAUCGUCUAAUUGCACUGUAAAAAAAGUGCCUUUACUUGUGCACAGUAGCGGUCCAAAUGCGUCGAACAGAUCCUACGUUUAUCAGCCUAAGGUUCCCAAACCAAAGGCUGAACAAUCCAGUUGUACAAGCAUGAAAAAUCCAUGGAUUGUCAGGAGUGCUGUAGCAUUUGUUAUGGUCAUUGUCAUCGUAAUAUUCGCAUCUCUGCAAGGAAAAACUAGCACUGAUUUGGAAAACACAAAGGCCAGAGUCAAAGAGCUUGAAUCUGUGGUCGAGUCUCUAAGUGAAAAUAUUCUAAUUCUGGAAAUGAGACUACAAUGCGCUACGUCAGAUAACAAUACUGACGAGAGAGGGAGACCAUGUCCCUCUAAGACAGGAGCCAGAACAGGUUUUCUAAAGAACAAGCGUAAAGGAGAUAAAACAACUUCAACAAGUAGGCCCACCGCCAAACCGACAACACUCGGGAGAAAAUCUAACCAAGGUGGGGAAAACCUCAUGGCAUUGAGUCAAACAGGACUAAAGCAAAAGCGGACCACCAUUUAUACUCGCUGGGGAAAGUCAAGAUGCGAAGAUGUCAGAUCAUCAGAUAUAUACACUGUGUAUUCAGGAAGAGUGGCUACCUUGCACUCAGAAACCAAUUCUGCGGUUGGCUCGGAAUAUCUGUGUGUUCCGGACAGCUUUGAAUACACUGAUCGAAGACACAUGACAAGUGGACUUUACCUAUCACCGGUUCGUUUCGGCAUGAAUAUGAGCGUUUUCAGACCGUUUAGUGAGGAAAAUUGCAGAAAAUUUCCAAGUAAAUGCAAGUUGUUCAGGGAACUCGAUCCAAGUUAUUUCAGAGAACUCGAAAUGUUCCAAGUCCCUUGUGCGGUGUGCAGGCACGAAAAACGCUCAGCCACGCUCGUCACCCCGGGACGAAAUUCGUGUUAUCCAUACUGGUUUAAAAUAUAUCACGGAGUUUUAAUGACGCGGCAGAGUGGAACUGCAAGAUCGGAGCACAUCUGUGUUGAUUACGACGCGGAUGGUAUCCCUGGUACCAAUACCACUGACACAAAGGGCCCCUUUUUACAGUUUGUCGCGUACAAGUGUAAUAAAGCUUACUGUCCUCAGGACACGGAAAUUCCACGGGCGUUGACAUGCGUUGUGUGCACACUCUAAAAAUGACAUACGUAGUGGUUCAGAUAUAUAACAUUUUGAGUCUUGGCUUCGUUUGGAAAUUCCCAACGCCAUAGCCCUCAAGUACAGCGACAACAAAGGACAAAUCGUGAAGAGGUCAUUGGCGAAAGAAGCUACCUACUUUACACACCUCACAUAUACUCGGCUUCAAGACAUGGUAUGAAGGAGAUUACAUGGACAGAUGGUAUCUUGGCAUCACGACACAAAAUGCAAUUUUCGGCCCGAAAAAAAGCGCUGCUGUAUUUGAAAGACAUAGUUCAAGAAGGGCAAAGAAGUAUAUACUCAUUUAGACACAGCUGUGAACGUAUAGUUUAUAACUUCGUAAUUAUUCUGAGCAAUGCCUAUAGUUAACAAUUAGAUUACGGGCUCGAGAUUUCUAUUGCGUGAUUUUUGAAAUAAAGAAAUCAAGAUCAAAUAAUCUAAUUGUUUCAGUAGAAAUCUACCAGUUAUUGAAAACAUGUGAAGACAUGUUUCAUGUUUUAAUUUUGUUUACAAUCGCAGGCAGUCAUGCCACUCCCUAUCUAUUGCGCAAUAGGUAGAGAGCAGCAUAGCGAAUGAAAUUGCAGCAUUGUAAUAGAACGCUGGUGAAUUUGUACUACUGUUGAUUAGAAAUGGAACGAAAGGCUAGCGCAAAGAGAAAUAGAGUAUAUAAUUUUAAGUAUUUAAACGACUGCAUCACGUUAAGAAAUCCAUAUCCAGCUUUGACAUGGCCAGCCAGUAAGGGAGCAGUAACACAAGAGAGCUUUCUUUGACUCGCUAUUGAGCACUGGUGCAACUCAGAUGUUUCACGAAGUAAAGAGACACUCCGGUAUAGAAAACGGUUUUAGUGAAUAUAAAAAAAAAGAAUCUAUCAUCUAUGUACCUACCGCCUCCCAUCGAACAUACUGGAAGGGGAAAUCUAGAUUCUGUGUUCCUGAUCAGCUAGGAAUGGAAGACGAUGAUACACGUUGCAAGAGACCAUAAGAACUGCAACAACCUCCUUGCAGACUAUACAAAAAAAUACAGAGAGCCACGAAAUGAAAAUAAGAUAUUCACGCUGGUUGUAAGAGCAUCAUUUUUAGUCGCGGGUCGUACAGGAUGCAUCUCUGAAAUUGGCUUGUGAAUACAAGACAAGUAUCACAAGGUCUCACUGAAUUAUUUUGCUUAGUUUAUGUAAUAACAUAUCAUAUUCGAAGUUAUUUGUGCGGCGCGGUGCCUUAAGACACUGAGUAUCGCUUGGUUAGAAAGUAAAUAACUUCUUAAGCAAAGUUAAACGACUUACUAUUUCCCUCUGACGGUAGAUUCAAAUACUGUAGUACAGUUUUAUCAUGAGUAAUAGUUUUACUUUAAAAGCGCUCUUCGAGAGAUAUAUGAAUUUAUUCGAUUACAGCUUAUUCUUUUUUUGGGGCGCCCAUUCACUACUUCUACAAUUCCCAAGCCACUUUUUUAGAUCGUUCAAAAUCCUCCUAGACCUCUUGGCAUCACGUGUAUCAUGGGUGCCAGCAAAUAUCAAGACUGGGUCCUGUAACCUGAAAAUUUUGGGGCUCAAAGUGAAUUAUGGGCAAUCUGUAGGAAGCUAACUGCCUCAGUUGAUAAAGGAUUGCAUUGACUUUCACCGGUCUUACUCAGUGUAACGAGUAACUUCAAUUUGGAGGAUGUAGUUUUUGGCCAUGAUACUGGCCAAAAUUAAAUAUAUCAAGCACUGAACAUUUCAGAUGGGAAAAGUAAUGAAUUAAAAUAA